CACAAACCAACCUUUAACGAUGCUCGCCUCACUCUCCUUGCUCCUCCUUCCGCUGGCGUUGGCAGCUCCGACUACCUCUCAGCUUCAACUCCGAAACAACAACGUGCACGCCGAUGACAUCACCCCCAUCGUCAAGAACGUUCAGGUCGGCGUGCGUCCUUACUACCUCGUCAGGAACAUGACCGACUCGCCGCUCAAGCAAAAGCUCGAGUCGUGCUUCGAAAAGCCUAUCGACGUGACGCAGUUCUCCAUCUCCCACCGAGGAGCCGCCUUACAGUUCCCCGAACACACGAUCGAAGGGGUCUACGCGGCCGCUAGACAGGGAGCAGGGGUGAUCGAAUGCGACGUCUCGUUCACCUCGGACCGGGAGCUCGUAUGCAGGCAUUCUCAGUGCGACUUGCAUUCGACGACGAACAUCCUGCUCCACCCCGAAUUGGCGAGCAAGUGUACCAAACCGUUCGUCCCCGCCAACGGGACAGCCCCUGCCUCGGCGACCUGUUGUACCUCGGACAUCACCCUCGCCGAGUUCAAGUCCCUCUGCGGGAAGCAAGAAGGGUUCAAUACCUCCGCUACGACCGUCGAGGAUAGCCUCUACGGGACCCCUCGGUGGAGGACCGAACUGUACGAUACGUGCGGUACGGUCUUUACUCACCGGGAAUACAUCAAGACCGUCGACUCGCUCGGUCUGAGUUUCACCAGCGAGGCCAAGCUCCCCGCGGUCGAGAUGCCUUUCCAGGGCAACUACACGCAAGAAGACUUUCUCGACCAGAUCGUGGGCGAGUUCAACGAAUCCUCCAUCCACCCAUCCCGGGUCUGGUUACAGUCGUUCGAACUCAGCGAUAUCUUGUACUGGAUCCGCUCCGCCCCGGCAUUCGGCCAACAAGCCAUCUUCCUGGACGAGCGCGUAGAAACCCCCGACGUGUACACUGCCGUCUCUUCGCUAGAGUCUAUGCGCAACCUCUCUUCGUCGGGCGUCAAGAUCAUCGCCCCUGCCUUCCCCUACCUGCUCGCCGUGGACAACAGUACCAACACCAUCGUCCCCUCUACCUACGCCAACAACGCCAAAGCCGCCGGGCUGGACAUGAUCACCUGGUCGCUCGAACGUUCCGGCCCUCUAGCCAACGUCGCCAAAAACGAGGAUUACUACUAUUCGACCCUCUACAGCUAUAUCCGGACGGACGGGCAGUUGAUGGAAGUAGUCGACGCGUUGGCGCAAAAGGUUGGGGUGUUGGGGAUCUUUAGCGAUUGGCCGGCGACGGUGACGUAUUAUGCGAGUUGUUUCGGUUUGAAGGGCGGGUUCAGGGAUAAGAAGGCAUGAUCAGUCUUAGAAGUAGGAUUGACAGAUAAUCAGUUAAACGGGGAACCCGAAAGGCGCUUAGUUUCGGUGAAUAUAGAAGAAAUUUCGUAUGCUCGUGUAUUUCGCAUAUAAUCAGGAUUACAGUCAAAACCGAUGGUAC